CACGCGAGGCUACGUCGGCCUCGGCCUGUCGCCCUACACCGGCACCAUGGCGGGCGCGGACCUCGUCAUGGCCUGGGUGGACGACGCGGGCGCGGCGCAUGCAAGGGACUACUGGGCGGACCAAAACGGCUCGCCCACGCUGGACAAGGCCCAGGACUGGGCGGUGGUGGGCGCUCAGGAGAACGACACUCACACCACCGUGCGCCUGGCGAGGCCGGUGCACACAGGCCACGUCAUGGACGUGCAAAUCCAGCCGGGGCCGAUGCGGGUCAUCUUCUCGUGGAGCGGCGCGGACCCCGGCCGGACGCCGCACUACCACGGCAAGGAGCAGCGCGGCGUCAGCGAGGUGUGCCUGCUGUCGGUGUCGGCGGCCGCGGUGCAGCUGGAGCAGCGCUCCCCGCCGGCCUGGAGCCUUUGCUGGAGCCUGGCAGCGCUGCUCCACGUCUUGCGAGCCUGGCGGCACCCAUGACGUGGCCCGUGACGUGGCCCGUGGAGGAAAUGCAACGGGCAGCCCUUCGCACGUAGAGGCCUACAGUCCCACGUCAGACUUUAGGACUCCAUUCGCCCGCUACCACUCCGGCACCACCGCUCCGAGUUGUCGCUCCCGGGGCGCAGCGCGCAGCCGCGCAGCACAGGUGGGACACGGAGAGGCAGACGUUGACUAUGCUGGCGGAGCUGGCGGCUAUACCCCAGGCACGGGGGAUGGUCAGAGCACUGCAGCGGGGGGUAUCGCUCGCCCACUCAGUGCCAAAGCCCUGCUUACAUCUGUCUCAUGCGGAUUGUUUAAAAAAUUAUCACUGCAGUUUAACCUUGAGUGUCGUCAAGGUCUAUUGUCAAAUCCUUUUCUAGAAGAAAGCAGGAGAAGUUUGUCUGACAAUCACAACUUUGAGAUUGAUAUACUGGAAAAUGAAUUAAAGAAAGGUUUGUU